AUGGAGAAAUCCAAAAACUUUCGCAUUGACGCGCUUUUAGCAGUCGAUACGCCAAAAGUGCAGACCUCUCCGCUUGCGCUGGUCACUUCUCUGUCCUCCUCCUCUUCCAUUUCGUCGUCCGGAAGUGUAACAGCUCGGGACUUGACCACCAGUGCCGAGUCUUUGCGCACCGAGACGCCGUCUCCGCCAAGGAUUUCCUCUUGCGGCUUGAUUCCUAAACCGGGUUUCCUGAAUAGCCCGCACAGCAUGGUUGGAUUACAUCCGCAGAGUACCGCAGGGAUCCCGCCACAGGCUCUCUAUGGCCAUCCUAUGUAUACCUACUCCGCAGCAGCUCUCACAGGCCAACACCCUGCCCUGUCCUAUUCCUAUCCACACGGGUCCCAUCACCACCACACCAGCGAUCCCAUAAAACUCACAGCCAGCACCUUCCAGCUGGACCACUGGCUCCGGGUCUCCACGGCAGGCAUGAUGCUCCCCAAAAUGUCUGACUUUAAUUCUCAGGCGCAGUCCAACCUGCUUGGGAAGUGCAGGAGACCUAGAACUGCAUUCACAAGUCAGCAGCUGCUGGAGCUGGAGCAUCAGUUCAAACUGAACAAGUAUCUGUCAAGACCAAAGCGCUUUGAAGUGGCCACAUCCCUUAUGCUGACGGAAACUCAGGUUAAAAUCUGGUUCCAGAACAGACGCAUGAAGUGGAAGAGAAGUAAGAAGGCCAAGGAGCAGGCCGCCCAGGAGGCCGAGAAGCAGAAAGGCACCAAGAACGGCCAAGAGAAAUCUGACGGACUCGAACAGACGGAUUAUCACAAUAAGACGGACUCCAAAAACGGCAGAAUAAGAGACUUCAGGGACAGUGACGAUGAUGAAGGCGAUAACUUCCUGUACAACUCGUCAGACUGCUCGUCAGACGACGAGAGGAAUCACACCAGUGACAUAAGUCCACAGCCUUGA